AUGGUUCUGGAGCUAUGCUCCAACCCUCUGCCGGUUGAAGUAAUGUACGAGCGAAUACAACAGAACAAUGGCGUCGAAACGAUAGAUGCGUCAAAGUUACGUAUACGAAAGUUCAACCGAACGUUAACCGUGAUGGAUGGUACGUUCGAUUUACACCGCGCGUUGGACGAUAACUUUGGGGUUACAUUCUACCUAUCGUAUAGUACGCUGGGUAACAACCAGUUCAUCCGCUCUCCGUUUCGCAUUCCAUUGCACAAGGUGUGUCAGUUGUUAAACACGACAUAUCGAGAUUAUCGAGAGUUUUAUCGCAACAUGACAAACUUCCCCGAUGUCGGAACCUGUCCGAUGCCAGCGCAACAGUACUACAUCAGGAAUAAGGUGCUUGAUGCAAAAUUGAUCAAUAAUUAUUUCCAACCUGGUUUAUGGAAGUUGGAUUUGUAUGUAUACGAGAAUGAAAUCGAAUUCCCAAUCUUGAAUGUCGAAGUUCUGUUCAAAGUUACCCGGGAAAACAUUUUUCCGACUGCAACCGAUUAG